UUAACAAAACGGAGAGCUACGAGUAGCCUCCACAGCCUCGGCAACCCCGCCGCACCACGGGAUUGGUUAAACUACACUAAAGACUGGAGUAGUUCGUUUAACGAUUUUCUUCAGUAUUUUUGUAAUAACCAUCUCGGAGUUUUCCUCUCCUUAAUUUUAAGAUAAGAACACCACAACGAAGAUGUCGCUGACUUUGGAUCCCGGGCCUGGUAUAGCAGCUCUGCAAGCAUGGGGUGGCCAAGUAGCGGCGUAUGGUGCCUCCAACCAAACCGUCGUUGACAAGGUGCCACCAGAUAUGCUUCAUAUGGUCGAUCCUCACUGGUACCAGUUUCCUCCUAUGAACCCGCUAUGGCACGGACUCUUGGGAUUCACAAUCGGCGUUCUUGGUUUUAUCUCUAUUACUGGCAACGGAAUGGUCAUCUACAUAUUUAUGUCAACAAAGAGUCUUAAAACUCCAUCAAACUUACUUGUGGUGAAUCUUGCUUUCUCCGACUUCCUUAUGAUGUGCUGUAUGUCUCCGGCUAUGGUGGUUAAUUGUUAUAACGAAACGUGGGUAUGGGGUCCUCUUGCGUGUGAACUAUACGCAUGUGCUGGGUCUCUAUUUGGGUGUGCAUCUAUUUGGACCAUGACUAUGAUUGCUUUCGACCGCUACAAUGUAAUCGUGAAAGGUAUAGCCGCCAAACCAAUGACCAAUAACGGAGCUCUUCUACGCAUCCUCGGCAUCUGGGCAUUCUCACUUGCAUGGACCCUCGCGCCUUUCUUUGGCUGGAACCGAUAUGUACCGGAAGGCAACAUGACUGCUUGUGGCACUGACUACUUGUCCAAGGAUUGGUUCAGCCGAAGUUAUAUCCUGAUCUACUCCGUCUUCGUGUAUUUCUUGCCUCUCCUCCUCAUCAUCUACUCUUAUUUCUUCAUUGUACAGGCUGUAGCAGCUCACGAAAAGGGAAUGAGGGAACAAGCUAAGAAAAUGAACGUGGCUUCUCUAAGGUCUUCUGAGGCGGCAAACACAAGCGCCGAGUGCAAAUUGGCAAAGGUGGCUCUAAUGACUAUUUCUCUGUGGUUCAUGGCGUGGACACCCUACCUAGUGAUUAACUACACAGGUGUCUUCGAAAGCGCACCCAUCAGUCCUCUUGCGACCAUCUGGGGCUCUCUCUUUGCCAAAGCUAACGCUGUCUACAAUCCUAUCGUAUACGGCAUCAGCCACCCGAAGUACCGCGCUGCUCUGUACCAGAAGUUCCCGUCACUAUCGUGCCAGGCGUCGCCAGACGAGAGCGGCUCGGUGGCAUCCGGUGCCACAGCCGUCUCCGAGGAGAAACCUGCGGCCUAAACUCGUUUGCGUCUUCUCCGAUAACAAACCUCCACGACUCGGCUUCGCUGUUCUAUGGACACGAUUCUGCCAAAGCGAUGUUAUUUAUUAUUUUUAUACGCAAACAUUUACAUUUGUACAAAGCUAUAAACUCGAGCACAGAGCGUGUGCUGGUUGCAAAAUAUUCAGGUUGUCCACACUACAAAUCGGCACUUGCGUAUUUUGAGUUCACGUUUUGGGUAUCGAGUUGAACGUUGCACACUUUUCUUAUACCUUACAUUUGCUUAAAAAUCGGUCGACGGCAUAUAAAAAAUCAAAAAAAAAAAUACAAUCAGCAGUAUGUCGCCAGACCCCCCUUUACCCAUGAGACUGCUCCUCUUAGAUAUUAUAUAAUGCUUUAAAUGUCUCUACGAUGAAACAGGCUCUGUAUCUUGGACUAAUAAAUUUAAGCAAGCAAAGUGGUUAAUGAUCACGUUA